AGGGCCAACAGUGACUGCACGGAAUGGAAGACCAGAUCUCAGGAGCAGCAAUACUCUGCACCGAGUGCCACACAACAUGAGCCUGUGCUUCUUGAUCCUGCUCUCCUUAGUAACUAUCGCACACGAUGAAGAUGUCAUGGAGCCCCAUAUUGAUGUGCAGGUGGAAGUGGAAAACUCUACUACUAUCCAUGUUAAGUGGGACUCACAUCUUCAUUCCGUAAUGCAAUGUGUUCUGGUCAUCUUCGUGAAAGGAAGCAAGGAAGAUGAGAUAUUUUUACUGCCCAGAAAUGGAAGUUUGAAGCUAACAGAUCGCAAGACUGGAACUCUUUACACUAUCAAUGUCAACUGUUUCAAUGGAGAAACGAUCCUCAAGUCUUCAAAUAUCAGCAUUGAUACAGGUGUUGCACCAAGUACUCACCCUGCGACAUCACUGUACACAUCAGGACCACAAACCCAGUCGACUUCAGGCAACCACCUGAACCAUGCCAAGUUACUCAGUUCGGAUGUACUGACGGGAGCUGUGUUUGGUUGCAUUGGGGGCGUAAUCCUGAUAUACAUGUCCUAUUCAUUUUAUAAAAAAUGGAGAAUGGAUGAAAGACUCCGAGCAUUCUUAAGACUUCGUCGCAAUGUAGAAGUGGCACCUUAUUUCAUUUUUGGAGAGAAUGAAGAGAAUGCUGGGUGACCUAUUCAUCAUCCUGAAGAGACUUAUGCACAAUGUAAUUUUAAUGCCUUAUUUGCACAUUCUACAAUUUGGAUUGUUAACGUCAUUUAUCCAGUUAAGCCUGUUUCACAGAACUCGACUGGGCUUUAAAACAGGAUUACAGAAUCACGGAAUACUUUCAGCACAGAAGGAGGACAUUUGUAUCUGUGUUGUUCUCUAAAGAAGUGUUUCAGCAGUGUCACUGUUCCUGUAUUCUCCCCAUAACCCUGCAUUUUCUUCCUUCACAGAUAAUAAUCCAGUUCCCUGUUGAAAGCCAUGAUUGGAUCUUCCCCUACCAUGUUCUCAAGCAAUGUAUUUCAGAACCUAAACCCAUGCUCUAUGAGGAAGCUUUCUCCCAUUGGUUCUUUUGCCAGUUUUUAAAAACAAGUCUGUGCCCUCUGCUUCUUGAUAUAUUCCAGUGGGAACGGUUUCUUCUGAUUCUGUCCAAACUCAUGAUUUUGAACCACUAUAAAGUCUUCUCUGAAAUUUUUCUUCCCCAAGAAGAACAGUCCCAAUUUUUCCAUUUAUUUCUAUAACUGAAGUUUCUCACCCUGGAACUGUUAUUAUGAAACCCUCUUUAAUGCCUUCACUUCAUUCCUAAAUAUAUCACCCAGAGCUGGACACAAUAUUCCAGCAUAUGCAGGUUCAGCAUAGUUUCCUCGCAUUUCAACUCUAUACCUGUAUUAACAAAACCAAGGUUGCUGAAUGCUUUAUUAACUUUCUUAACUUGUCCUGUCAGCUUCAAUAAUUCCUGCACAUAAGCUGUCAGGAGUGUCUGCUCCUGCAUCCUCUUUAGAUUUGUAGACUUUACCUUAGUUUGUCUUUUUAUAUUCAUAUGACCACAAUGCCUUACUUCAAACUUCUCUGUAUUAAGUUUCAUCUGCCAUUUAUGGACCCAUUCCCCAACCUGUGUAGUCAUGAUUUGGAGAUGCCGGUGUUGGACUGGGGUGUACAAAGUCAAAAAUCACACAACACCAGGUUAUAGUCCAACAGGUUUAAUUGGAAGCACACUAGCUUUUGGAGCAACACUCCUUCAUCAGGUGAUAGUCAACCUGUGUAUGUCUUUUUGAUGUUCUACACUAUCCUCUUCAUGGUUAAAAAGACUGUCAAGUUUUCUAUCAGCUGCAAGUUUUGAAAUAGUGCUCUAUAUUCUGAUCAAGGUCUUAAAUCAGGAACCAUGAGUCCUCGGCAACUCAACUAUAAACCUUCCUAGAGUCCAAAAGUACCCAAGAAAACAACUUUCUGUUUCCUGGCACUAAGCUAAUUUCCUAUUUGUGUUGUUCCUGUCCCUUUUAUUCCAUGAUUUCAAACUUUCCUCAGAGACCUGUUGUACAGCACUUACUCAAAAGCUGACAUCAAUAGAAAUACCUUCAUCAAACAUCUCUCUUAUCUCCCCCAAAUCACAAGCAAACUAGCUAGCCACUAUUUCUCCCCCACAAAUCCAUGUUGGCAUUCUUAUAUUCAUCCCUAUUUGCCGAAUUUACUAUUGAUUUUGUCUCAAAUGAUAGCUUCUUCACCACUGAAGUCAAACUGACUGCCCUAUAAUCCCUUGACUUAUCUUUAUACCCAGUCUGAAGAAAGGUGUAACAUUUGCAAUUUUCCAGUCCUCUGGCACCACUUGCAGAAUCUAAGUAUGAUUAGAAAAUUGUGGCCUCUGCAAUUCCUGCUGUCACUUCCCUCAGUAUCCAGAGAUGCAUUUUAGCUAGACCUGGUGCUUAUCAACUUUACAGGUAGUACACCCAAUAUCACUCCAAUAUUAGCAUGAUCUGCAGAGCUUCUUCCUUGGUAAGGAUAGAUAAACAGUUAAUACCUUAGCUGUAUCCCUUGCUGCCAUUUGUAAAUCUCUUUUUUUGUUUCCAAACUGGCCCUGCUGCUUUUUCUUAACCAAGUUUUCUUCAUUAUAUACCAGGAGAGACUUCUGAAUUCCCCUUUAUUUAGCUGCCCCUCUUUUAUUUUACUGUCUCUUUGCUUCUAUUUUUUUUUAACUUCCCUUCUGAAACAUCUACACUCAGCCUGGGUCUUGGCUCUGUUAUCCAUCCGAAUUUGACAUAACACACUUCUUUAUCUUCACCUUACUUUCUAUCUCAUUUGUCACAAGGAAACUGCAUUGAUUUGGACUACCUUUCCCUUAAUAUGCCUUAAUUGUGCCUGAAUGAUGUCUUCUAUAAAGGGAGCUAGUUGUUUAGUGACAGAGUCUGCCAUUCUUUGAUUCCAAUUUAUCUGGGUCAUAAUGAAACACCACUUUUGUCAGAGUUCAGGGUGAAUAUUGGUUUGAGAGUGGGAUUCCUUCUUUCACUCAGGACACUACUGUGUCCUUUCUCUGCAUAGUCCUAAACUAUAGGGUAGUCACAUUCAUUAACAUGCGAUGCAUAAAGUUCUAAGCCUCGUGGAUAUGCUGCAUUGACACCAUCUGCUUAUUUUCAUUUUCAUUUCUUUCGAGCUCUGAUGUAUGUCUAGUCCAGUUCCUGAUUCUCUCCUCAGAUAAACAAUGGACCCCAAGCCUAGCCUUCACUUUAUCUUCUCCCUGGUCCUUCCAAUUUCUCCCUGUUCCAUUCCAGCACGAGAUUCUCUCCUUCAGAAACAAAUCAAUUUAUUUGGUUGCAAAAGAAACAAUUGGAAAUAUUCAUGUUGGGUUUUUGAUAGCCAUCAAUAGCCUCUUUAGAUCUGUAUUUGCUCGCUACAAUGCUCACAAUCCUUCUGUUUGCAGUUGCUUUCAGUCCUUUUGUGAAUCAAGACAUUCUUCGUACUGAGGGUUUUAACUUCUUCACAUUUUAUUGAAAGAGGAUUCUUUCUAUUGUGCUCUUGAGAUUGAUAAGUGACAUUUUCUAACUUGUCUACUUCUGUAACUUUGUAAAAUCAAGCUAAAUAAUAUUAUCUACUAUGAUAUGGAAUUUCUAAUAGACUAAUUGUAAUGUUUCAAGUGCUAUUGUCUUAAAAAUGUGUUCAUUGAAUGUGGGCAUUGCUAGUUAGACAAAAGUUUGUUUUCUAUCACUAAUUGCCCUCAAGAAGAGGGUGGUAAGCUGUCUUUCUGAACUGUUGCAGUCCGUAUAAUAUAGGCACGAUUUGGAGAUGCCGAUGUUGAACUGGCGUGUAAAAAAUUAAAAAGCACACAACACCAGGACAUAGUCCAACAAGUUUAAUGGGAACCACUAGCUUU